UGGUCCAACCGAACGCCGCGACAAAAACUCCGUCGCUGGCUGAAGCAAUGUUUUCACCGGUGGUGGUAGCUUUCCUACUCCGACCCGGCUCCAAUAUGCAAAUCCCUAACCCUAGACACCGCCAUGGUUAAUAAAACUCAUCAUCACUUUCUUCUACUUCUUCUCCUUCCUCAAAGCUAAACCCUCCAAGAUCUUUCUCCGUUGAUCGAAAAAAAAAAAAAAAUUUAGGUAAUUUGAAACCCUAGAUCUCAUCUCUCUUUUCUUCUUUUUAGCUUUUUUUUUCUUCUUCUGGGUUUAGCUCAAAAGAUGGGUGACAGCGAAGAUGAAACAGGGUACCCAAAAAAGUUUUACUCUUUGAAUCGACAGAGUCAUCCUAUGUAUAGUAGACCCAUUCCUAAGCGUCACGCGUAUUACCAUGAAGAAGAAGACGAAGAUGAAGUCGAUGGAGACGAGGAAGAGCCACAAGGACAAGGAGGUUACAGUCGUGGGAAUGAGAGGUUUCAGAAGAGGCAGAAACCAAACAAACCAGUGGCUUCUGGGUACGAUUUUGCUGGACCAAGCGAUGGGAAAGUUGGGUAUGACUGGAGAGAGCAAGAAGCUUUUGUGUUGCUUGAGAUUUGGGGGGAUAGGUUUUUGCAAUUGGGUAGGAGGAGUUUGAGGAACGAAGAUUGGAAUGAAGUAGCUGAGAAAGUGAGUGAGGAGCUUAGGAUGGAGAAGUCCGAGACACAAUGUAGGAGAAUGAUUGAUAACUUGAAGAGGAAGUAUAGGAAAGAGAAGAUUAAGGUUGAGAAAUCUGGUUUAGGUUCGAGUAAAUGGGCGUUUUUUAACAAGUUGGAUAUGUUGCUUUGUGUUUCUCCCAAGUCGGAUUUAGGUUUAGCUUGUGGUGUUGAUUCGGGUGAGUUUGUGUUUAUGAACACUAAGGUGUAUUUGGAUAAGUCGAACGGGUUUGAUGAGAUGAUGGAUAGUCCUGGUGAUUCUGAAGAGGAGGAGGAUGAGGAAGAUGAGGUUGAUUACGAGAGGAAGAAGUUUAAUGACGCUGCUUCGUAUAAGAUGUUGGCGGAUUCCGUUGAGAGGUUUGGGAAGGUUUAUGAGAAGAUGGAGAAGAGUAAGAAGGAUCAAAUGAAGGAGUUGGAGAAGAUGAGAGCUGAUUUUCAGAAAGAUUUGGAGUUGCAGAAGAAACAGAUUGUGGAUCGAGCUCAGAGUGAGAUUGCUAGGCUACGUGAAGAGGAAGAGAACUAUCAUCGUGGUGAUGAUGAGAGUGAAGAUGAGGAAAUGGAGAAUAAUUCUGAUGUGAACCUCAGUGAUGAAUAAAGUUAUAAAACUAUGUAGCUUGUGUUGUUGUUUUAGAUGCAAAGGGUUCUGUUUUUUCUUUUUCUUUUUUUCGUUUUGGGGAAUUCAGAAUUGAUGAGUUUUGUAAUUUGUGUUUAGUCUUUGCGACUUUAUUAAUUUAGCUUAUUUAUUUGCAACUUCCCUUAAAUCAAAGCGUUAAUACAUUUCCA